CCGGCCGCUCCUUCUGCGCGCGCGGCGCGGCUCGAGCAGAGUUGACUAUAUAUGGUCAAAGCCAGGGGGAGAGGAGGAAAAGUGGCGCGAGCGGGCGCUUCCUGGUUGGCGCCGCUGGGAGUGGAGGCGAGCGAGCCGGGCAGGAGCGCCGCCGGCGUGCGUGGCUUCCCCACCCGCGAGCAGCCUCUCGGGCUCGGCUCUCCGUCGCAGCGCGGCCCCUCGUCGCGGGAGGCAGAGCUCGGCAGCGGCCGCCAGGAUGCCUUACGAGCCGAGAAAAGUCUUCGCCAGCCUCCCCCAGGUGGAGCGGGGCGUCUCCAAGAUCCUCGGGGGAGACCCUCGAGGCACCAACUUCCUCUACACCAACGGGAAAUGUGUCGUCAUUCGCAACAUCGAUAAUCCUGCCAUCGCUGAUAUCUACACAGAGCAUGCCCAUCAAGUGGUCGUUGCCAAGUAUGCGCCCAGUGGCUUCUACAUUGCAUCUGGAGACGUCUCCGGAAAGCUCAGAAUCUGGGAUACCACACAGAAGGAACACCUCCUGAAAUAUGAAUAUCAGCCAUUUGCAGGAAGAAUCAAAGAUAUUGCUUGGACCGAAGACAGCAAGAGGAUCGCUGCUGUUGGGGAAGGAAGGGAGAAAUUUGGAGCGGUCUUCCUUUGGGAUACCGGUUCUUCAGUAGGCGAGAUCACCGGCCACAACAAAGUGAUCAAUAGCGUGGAUAUUAAGCAGACAAGGCCUUACCGCCUAGCAACUGGCAGCGACGACAACUGUGCUGCAUUCUUUGAAGGACCACCAUUCAAAUUCAAGUUUACAAUAAGUGACCACAGCCGUUUUGUUAACUGUGUGAGGUUUUCUCCAGAUGGAAAUAGGCUUGCUACAGCCAGCGCAGAUGGCCAGAUUUUUAUUUAUGAUGGGAAAACUGGAGAAAAAAUAAGUGCUCUCGGUGGAAGUAAAGCACAUGAUGGGGGAAUUUAUGCAAUAAGCUGGAGUCCAGAUGGCAGUCAGCUUCUUUCUGCUUCUGGGGAUAAAACCGCAAAGAUUUGGGAUGUUGGUGCCAAUAGCAUAGUGAAUACCUUUAAUAUGGGGUCAAAUGUUCUGGACCAGCAGCUGGGCUGCCUGUGGCAAAAAGACCACCUGUUGACGCUCUCCCUUUCCGGCUACAUCAACUACCUGGACAAGAACAACCCCGAUAAACCCCUUCGCGUCAUAAAGGGUCACAGUAAAUCUAUACAGUGUCUUACGGUACAUAGAAAUGGGGGGAAAUCCUAUAUUUAUUCUGGAAGUCAUGAUGGACAUAUUAAUUAUUGGGAUUCUGAGACGGGUGAAAAUGAUAGUUUUUUGGGGAAGGGACACACCAACCAGGUUUCUCGCAUGGUGGUGGACGAAUCGGACCAGUUAAUCAGCUGCAGCAUGGAUGAUACUGUGCGUUACACUAGCCUUAUCAAAAAAGACUACAGUGGCCAGGAUGUUAUAAAAAUGGAUGUUCAGCCAAAAUGUAUAGCAGUUGGACCUGGUGGAUAUGCUGUGGUCAUAUGCAUUGGAGAAAUUGUCUUGAUGAAGGAUAAGAAGAAGUGUUUUGUCAUCGAUAACCCUGGCUUUGAACCAGAAGUUGUAGCAGUUCACCCUGGAGGUGGGACAGCAGCAAUUGGAGCGACGGAUGGAAAUGUGUACUUGUACACAAUCCAGGGCUCUUCUUUAAAAAGAGAGGAGAAGACUUUGGAAGCAAAAGGGCCUGUGACUGAUCUGGCAUACUCUCACGAUGGUGCCUUCCUCGCCGUGACAGAUGCCAGUAAGGCGGUCACAGUGUUUAGUGUUGCUGAUGGCUAUGCGGAACACGACAUCUUCUAUGGACACCAUGCAAAAAUAGUUUGCAUUGCCUGGUCACCGGACAAUGAACAUUUUGCUUCUGGGGGUAUGGAUAUGAUGGUGUACGUUUGGACACUGAGUGACCCAGAGACUAGAGUCAAGAUACCAGAUGCCCACAGGUUACACCACGUUAGCAGCUUGGCAUGGCUGGAUGAACAUACCUUGGUCACAACAUCACAUGAUGCAUCUGUCAAAGAGUGGACCAUUUCCUACAAAUGAAUUGGGAGAUCUUCAUCAGGGAGUAGAACUACUGGAGUGAAACAUAGCAUUUCUCUUUCUUAAAAAUAAAACGAUUAAAUCUGAAAUGACCUCUGGGGUCCUAUAGCAUAUUCUCAUAUCUUUGCAGAGGGUGUUCAUGUCUAUAACUUAAAUGACCUUCAAAAGCUUUAGUCGGUAACAGUUUGCACAUGUGAAGCACUUAAAUUAUGUCUGGAGCUUAUAAAAAAAACCUUUUGUGUGCUGAACAUUCCAGGAGCUGACAGCCUAGCAGGUCAGCAUAGAAGACUUAAAACUGGUUUGGUUCCUUAUUUUGUAAUAAAACACACACACACACACACACACUUGCACGUGAUAUUGUACAGCAUGAGAGAAUUCUCAUUUUUUUCUAAUUGCAGAACAUUUCUGUACUAACAGUCAUAGUAAAAAUACUAGUUGUCAUCCCAAAACCGAUCAAGUGGUGUGCAGCUUACUGUAUAUUGAUUAUGUUGCUUGUCUGUAAUGCACCAAACUCUUUUCUCCACCAGAUGACAAAACGGGGUACAUCAUAAUAAUAAACUUUCCUGUAUUUCA